UGUGUACGGAAAAGUCCGCAAAAUGAUUUAUUGCCCCGGGUCUUUUACACAUUUAGCCUCAUCUGCUGCAAUUAAACUCUAUCACCAUCGGCUCGGUUCGAUUGCAGCGAAUUUUCGUCUUGAGAGCUUCCCUCACACUUUCUGACCGUCAAGCCACGUUUGCAGGUCAGCACUUGGCGUGACGGCUUAUACUCAACCAAAGACCGGGCCUGCCUGUACCGUGGCUGCCAAAUCCCACUAGCACUAAGGGAAAUAUACUCCAAUUGGCGAACCCCGCCACCAAAGACUAGAAAUUCCUUUUCCCCCAGUCGACCAAAAGCAAGCGGGCAGGCAAAAUGUCGUCCGACAUCAGUAACAACGACCACCUUGUACUCUCUGAUAACCCAGACCAUCCUGCCAACCUGAUUCCGUCCUUGUGUGCAAAAUUUUGGACGCUUGGUUGGGUCACGGGCACUGGUGGAGGAUGCUCCAUCCGCGAAAAUGACCUUGUUUACAUUGCUCCAUCCGGGGUUCAAAAGGAGCUCAUGAAGGCCGCGGAUAUUUAUGUCCUGUCCCUUGCGGCCCAGACCGCCAGCCUCCGGGACAGAGUCUACCUCCGCAGCCCACCGUGCUACAAGCCUUCGCAGUGCACGCCGCUGUUCCUGGCCGCCUUCACCAAGCGUCGUGCCGGUUGCUGCAUUCACACGCACAGUCAAUGGGCCGUCCUCGUGACCUUGAUCCUCGAGGCUGGCGGCGGUCCCGGCGGGGCAGAAGAUGCGCGUGAAUUCCGCAUCAACAACAUUGAGCAGAUCAAGGGCUUUGGCAAAGGCUUUGAAAAGUCGGGCAAUCUUGGCUACCACGACACGCUUCGCAUUCCAGUCAUUGAGAAUACGGCCCACGAGGAGGAUCUUACCGAGUUCCUCGAAGAGGCCAUGGACAAGUACCCUGAUACAUACGCAGUGCUGGUUCGUCGCCAUGGUGUAUACGUUUGGGGGGACAAUGUUCACAAGGCAAAGACUCAGUGCGAGAGUCUCGAUUAUCUCUUCCAGUUGGCUGUCGAGAUGAAGAAGAUGAGCCUCCCAUGGAUAACGGAUAUCACCCCAGUCAAGACACGUAGGUCAUAACACAUUACAAGACGUUGAUAUAUCAAGAGAGGCUGCAUGCGGGAGUGGCGCGGAAGAAGAGUAUUAUGACACAACCGUCGCAUUAAGUAUUGAGUAUGUGAGAGCGUUGGACUCGAUAAUGCUCGAUGACCUUUCGGUACAACAAAGAUUUCCUUCAAAGCAACGCUAAAUUGACCACAUGCCACCCUUCACCCAUCAUUGCACGUCAAAACCAUGUCAUAUCUUACAUGGCCAGGA